AAGUGGCGUGCCGAGGUGCGGGCUCGGCCGCUCCCGCCUCGCACGGCCGCGGGUGCUCCCUGAGGCGCCGGGAGCUCUCCCCGCAGGCGGCGGCCAGGGCUAAGGCGGGGUACGCGAGGCGCAGCGGCCGCAGGUGAAUUACAGAAAGUGACUCUUGGAGCAUCUUGGCUUUAUGAUCUCUUGAGCUGUCAAGGGACUGAGAGGCUUAUGAAGAGGUUCUGUCAGGCAAAACAGCGCUUAGCAAAGACACCGAGGAGGAGGGAAAAGGAGAAAGGAAGAGAAAAGCUGAAACACUAACAAACCAUGAGAUCUAUCCGAUCUUUUGCUAACGAUGACCGCCAUGUUAUGGUGAAACAUUCAACCAUUUAUCCAUCUCCAGAAGAACUUGAAGCUGUCCAGAACAUGGUAUCAACAGUAGAAUGUGCCCUUAAACAUGUCUCUGACUGGUUGGAUGAAAAGAACAAGUCUGCAAAAUGUGAGGGCGAUGUGGAAGCAAAGGAGGAAGCUGCAGAAAGCAAUGCCAAGGAUCAAAGUGGUCGGACCUUGUGUGGUGUUAUGAGAAUUGGCUUGGUUGCAAAGGGCUUGCUGAUAAAAGACGAUAUGGAUUUGGAGCUGGUUCUCAUGUGCAAAGAAAAACCCACAAAGACCUUGUUAUGUAUAGUCAAAGACAAUCUCCCAGUUCAAAUUCAGAAACUUACAGAAGAGAAGUAUCUCGUGGAGGAGCAUGUAAAUGAGGCAGCUAUUAUUAUUCGUAACACAAAGGAGCCCAAGCUAACCUUGAAGGUGAUACUUACAUCCCCUCUCAUUCGAGAUGAAGCAGAGAAGAAGGAAGGAGUAGAUAAUGUUGCGAUGAAAGAUCCUCCGGACUUAUUGGACAGGCAGAAAUGCCUGGAGGCCUUGGCGUCUCUGCGGCACGCCAAAUGGUUUCAGGCCAGGGCAAAUGGACUAAAAUCAUGUGUAAUUGUGCUUCGUAUUCUACGGGAUUUGUGCAACAGAGUCCCCACAUGGGCACCACUGAAAGGAUGGCCACUCGAGCUUAUAUGUGAAAAAUCUAUAGGUACUUGUAAUAGACCUUUGGGCGCUGGGGAAGCAUUACGACGAGUGAUGGAGUGUUUGGCAUCUGGAAUUCUGCUUCCUGGAGGCCCUGGUCUGCAUGACCCCUGUGAACGGGAGCCAACAGAUGCUUUGUCGUAUAUGACAGUUCAGCAAAAAGAAGCCAUUACACACAGUGCUCAGCAUGCCCUCAGAUUGUCAGCAUUUGGUCAGAUCUAUAAGGUUUUGGAAAUGGAUCCCCUCCCAUCAAAUAAGUCAUUUCAGAAAUAUUCCUGGUCAGUAACUGACAAAGAAGGUACAGGCUCAUCUGCUCUCAAGAGACCAUUUGAAGAUGGUGUUGGGGAUGAGAAAGAUCCAAAUAAAAAGAUGAAGCGUAAUCUGAGGAAAAUACUAGAUAGUAAAGCAAUAGAUCUCAUGAAUGCUCUGAUGAGGCUGAACCAAAUCAGGCCAGGGCUUCAGUAUAAGCUGCUGUCACAGUCUGGUCCAGUCCAUGCCCCAGUCUUCACGAUGUCUGUAGAUGUUGAUGGUACGACAUAUGAAGCAUCAGGACCUUCUAAGAAAACAGCCAAACUCCAUGUGGCAGUGAAGGUUUUACAAGCAAUGGGCUAUCCAACUGGUUUUGAUGCAGAUGUCGAGUGUGUGAGUUCUGAUGAAAAAUCAGAUACCGAAGGCAAAAAUGAAACAGUGUCUUCAAACUCAAGCAAUAAUACUGGAAAUUCUACAUCUGACACCUCCACUACCCUAGAGGUAAGAACUCAGGGUCCUAUACUGACAGCAAGUGGCAAAAACCCAGUGAUGGAGCUUAAUGAAAAAAGAAGAGGUCUGAAGUAUGAGCUCAUCUCCGAGACGGGUGGAAGCCACGACAAGCGCUUUGUGAUGGAGGUAGAAGUAGAUGGCCAGAAGUUCAGAGGUGCAGGUCCAAACAAGAAAGUAGCAAAAGCAAGCGCUGCAUUAGCUGCACUUGAGAAAUUGUUUUCGGGGCCUAAUGCAGCAAACAACAAGAAGAAGAAGAUUCUUCCUCAGACUAAAGGGGUUGUCAAUACAGCUGUUUCGGCAGCAGUCCAGGCUGUUCGAGGUAGAGGAAGAGGUGCUUUAACACGAGGGGCAUUUGUUGGGGCAGCUGCUGCUACUGGAUACAUAACACCAGGCUAUGGAGCACCAUAUGGGUAUAGUACAGCUGCGCCAGCUUACGCCAUAUGCACUUGUAUAAAAUAAGCAGAAAUGUAAUGACUGUAAGCUGAGAUCGUGAUGUAAAAGGUAAGAAAUUUUAUUUUAAGCUUAAAGAAUAUUUUUAUUGAUUUUUUUUCUAAAAAUCUCACAUACCUGUGACAAUCUUGUAUAUGGCAGACUUUUAUUAUGUUUUGUUUAACUCUAAACGUUCAGGCAAGUAAUAUGCAGUUUUGGAUUCCAACUUCAUGUUUUUCAAGGCCACUUCAAAUAUUCCAAUAUCAGUUAAAAAUAUAUAUAUUUCUUAACUCUUUUAAGAAAUAGUUUGGUUUUAUCAACAGACUGUUCUUCAAAUAUCUUUCUCUCGCACAGCCUAAAAAGCUGUAUUGAUACUGCUGUGUAUCAGGCACCGCAUUCCUUGCAUACUUGUGGAAAACAUUUAGGUAGGUACUAAAGCCUGGCCACUGCCCACACUGAAAGCCAUACCAUGGUUACAGUUACGGGAAAUAAAAACGCGAAGUGGAAUUUGUGGUGUUAUCUAACUAAGAGAGAAAUUAUUUCCCUAAACUAGUAAAGCUGAACUCCAAACAGAGAAUGAAAGACUUUGAUGAUAUUAGAGUUGAAAUCUGCAGAGAUCAAAUUACAUUAGGCCAAAUGAAUUCAUGAAGCAGCCAGGUUUGCUUUCCUCUUGUGUGUGCAGUGGGAGGAGAGGAAGGCAGGCAGGAAAAGAUUUAACUCUGCAUGAAUAAAUUGUUUGGUUGUAGUUUUCUAAAGCUAGAAGUUAAGAUAGGGGCAUCCAUAAAUAAUUAUUUUCAGUUCUGUAGCAAAUGUUUUAGAUGAUAUUUUACUUGGAGUAAAAUGAUUUUGGAUUAUUACUUAUAUGGUGCACAUGAUAUGUGUAGUUUUAAAAUACUUGUUUUUUUAAUUUGCAUUUAUAUAACCUUACAUUAUGCAAGAUUGCAUAGCACAGUGCUGCACAACUGCAGUACCUGCAGUACUUGAAGUUGCUGGAAACAACUCUUUUAUAUUAAAAAAAAAAAAAGGCAAAAAAAAAAAAAAGCAGUGGGUUGAUGAUGCAUUAGCAUUUUAGGGUCUCAAUUCAGACAUGAAAGCAUUAAAAACCCUGACUGAUCACAGUUUAUACUGAUGUAAAACAGAAAAAUACUUGGUAUGAAAUAUGUAGUAAAUCAAGCCUAAAGCUUGUUGUUUUGCAUCAAAAUAUAACAGCGAAAAUAAACUGUAUUUCUUUUCAAUAUUGAAAAUAUCAAAUUCAGUAAAUAACUGCAUGUGUAGGUUCUCCGUAACUCAGGAUAUGUCUGGAUAAAAUACAUAGGUUGAUGUAGAAAAUAGCUGUCAAAUAUUGUUGGUUUUACUAAUGUUGGAGGAAACCUGAUCUUGUGAGUGGCCUAUGUAUCUGCUCCUGGAGAAAUUAAGUUCAGGAACUUCACCAGUGACUUGCCCACUAAAGCACAUAACUGUUUGAUUACAUUUGCAGGUGCAAUUGAUGAGCCAUCAGAAUGACCUUUCUGUUUGGUGGUGCAGAUUUUCAUCUGCUGUUAUCUUCAAGGUAUAAAUAUAGGGUUUGGUCUGAAGCUCACUUAAUAUUCAAUCAUUUGUUCAGCCUGUAAGGCAAAGCAAUCCUGAUAGUGGAGCAGCAGGCUGCUCUGUUUCCUCUGAAAGACAGUGUUUUAUAUGCUUCAAGGCAACGUUAGGGCACAUUAUAAUGAACUUCUCUUGAGUAUUCCUUUUGUAGUUUAACUGAUGACAGUCUGACAAGCAGCUUAUCUGUCCAGUUCAAGGACUGAUUACUAAAAUGUCUUGCUGACUUCUUUGAUCUCUCUCUUUGUGGCCUGGAUUUGACAGCUUAAUCCAUUUGUAUUGGUUUUCAUCAGCGUUGUUUUGACUGUGAAUUUCCAUAUUUUUCUGUCAUUACCCUUUUAACUCUUACAAUCGUAAGCAUUCUGCCCUUCUGCUUUUUUUGACAUUUUCACUUUCUUGGAUCUUCUCCUCCUCUUCUUCAAUGAAAAGUUACUAAAUUUCUUUGGUAUAUUUUUGCUCAGUAGGCAAACACUUAUGGCCAAAAAUGGUCUGCUUGGCUUUGCUGCAUGCCUUCGCAGUAGGAUGGACACCAUUUCCUGACACCAAGUACACACUGUACUUAAAACUCCUAAACCCUGGUUUUGAAGCCAUUUGGAAUCAGUGACAGGACCCUACUGUGAGUGCUAAGACUGCCUAGGACUGUCUCAUUCACGGUGGUACUUGAGCAAAACAUUCACAUGUUCUGAAACAUCUUUCAUGUAGGUUCCACAAGUGCCUAAUACAUUGGCAUUUUAGAGAACUGUUACGGACUGCAUUCUAACCAGUAGGUUUUAACCUAACCAACAUACCAGGCUAUUACUUGAUGAGUGAUUUGGAUAACGUCUACUUGAUCAAUGUUGUAACAGCCACUGUUUUGCUAAGGCAGAAUUAGAAACUGCUUUCUUUUGCCUAACACUUGCAGGUUUCCUUUUAAAAUCCACCUCACCAAGAGAAUGGUCUAGAGUGCCUUUUCUGUGAGAUUGAGGUCUGCUAUUUGACAGCUACCGAGCUUUGUCUUUCUGGAUAUAUGCAGCAGUCAAUGUGGAAACCUGGUUCCAUGUGCUUUGUGUAGCUGCUGCUAUCUUUGCCAAUUCUGCAGUACCAUUUAUGUGAAGCAAAAAUAUUUUACGGUUUGAAUUUCUGGUUCAUGGAAAAUAAUUCUGAAAAAGUUCCUUUCAACUACUACGUAUAAAUAGGACACUCGGGAAAGUCUGUAUCUAUUCACUUCCCACCUUAACUCUAGUUUUAGCUAACCAGAUGCCAGUAUGUAUUUUGGGAGAUGAUGUCUGGCACUUAAAGGAUUAAAAGAAACCAGAGCUUUACAAUGAAAAACUGACCUGUUUAGUGUGUUACCUGGACUGGAGAUGAAUGGCAUUAUCUUUGAUUUUGGAAGAAUAAAUAUGAGCUUGCGUGGUCUGGCUGGUUGACAGGAAGGGAAGUGAGGCUAUUUACAGAAUUGUGAGAUUAAAAUACAGGUUGCUCCAUUGUUCCAAUAGCAUUUGUUUGCUUUUAGCUGUUCUUGCAUACAAAUCCACAAUCGCACACACUGGCUUUCCCUUUCUAACAGUUCGGAUUUUCUGGAACCAUGUGAGGGAGAAAUGUAUAAGCAGCCUGUUGAGUUGUCAGAUUGGGAGCUGAAGUGGCCAUGCAGGACAGCAGUCUUCACAGAUGGAAACCUCUAAGUACAUUAUACUGCUAACCAUACCUCAGCAUUUUUCUUCCUGAUGGUUGAAUGGCAGCUGGAAUGGUUGUCAUUUUUUUCUCAAAUAGGAAACCGUGACUUUUGAAGAAAUAACGUAUUUGACAAGGGAACUUAAAUCCUACUUUGCCAGCCACAUGAAAUUUCUACAGGUAUGUUCUGUCUAGAGAAGGGCUUAAGGCAACCAGAUUGGUUUGGAAGAAAAGUGUUAUCUUGAGCUAGCGUCUUAAUUGUACGUGAUAGAAAAAUCUGCCUAAACCUUUUGAGACAUAAUUCCAUCACCAUCCUUUACUUGAAAGACUGUAUGUUAAAGCACCAGGGUUGAAUGAUUGUGAAAGGACUUGGCCAGCUGAAAGCAUGGCACAUGAUGCUUCCUGACAUCGUAUCCUCUCUCUGCCAGUGCUUGCUGUCUUCUUUAAGCGUGCAUUCUGGAGCUGGAACAUGGUGACCUUAUUCCUGGGCAUUGAGCCAUAUGAAUGGAGGGAGGCCAGCCUAUACCCAUGAAGGGACUGUGUAGCACGCGGCUGCUGUUGCCCAAGCAGUUUCUGUUGGACACAGUACACAAUCCAACCCUCACAAAGGCAAUUUAGUGCCUGGGUAGGUGGUUCCUAAUCUGUCUAAUUUGCUGUCACUCAGCCAAUGUAAGUUAAUUAGAUGAUUCAGCAAUUGUCAUGGCUCCCAGUUAAUGUGCUGCCCUAAGUGUCACUGCAGCUGAAUACCUUUGCUUCUGUGAAUGCUGUGCUUCUCGCUGCCUUUUCUGAUCUCCUCUAGCAUCCCAGAAAAUAACCAAGUCUCUGAAGUUACAGAAUCUUUACGUAGCUGUUUCUAGAUUGUUGAGAAUUUCUAAUCAGCCAAUGAAAAGCUUUAGGGAACAAGUUUUCCUAGAAACUUAUUAAUGUGCCAACAGACUAUUUUUACUCAUGUGCAAACAUCUGUGAGAAGUAUUCUGGUAUCUCUGAUAACUUGAAAGGGCACUAGUACUCCUUCUUUAAGAAUGCUUGCCUUCUGGCAGAAAAAAAUAGAAUUAAGACAAACAUUAAAUCUAAAAUUAUUUGUGCCUUUUUCCUUUCAUUGGACUACCAAGAGAAAUUUCCCUGACCAUAAGUUUCUUGCAUUAAUAGGAAGUAGAAAAUGGAGGAAGAGUAGCAUAAAGACUUUUCAGGUGUUCUAGGAAAAAAAUCUCCUGUUUGUUGGCUGUUCAACAAUGGGACAUCCAUCUCCUGGCAAUUCUAAAAUGCCAAGAUAGCAAUAAAUGUGAGCAGCUUCAAUGUACUAUCCUUGAUCCAAUCCAGCAAUGUCCUCGGAGAACAAGUCUGACUGUCCCUGUGUUUUCAGUCACUGAUCUCUGAUAGAAACAGCGUAGAAGCACAUGGGUCUCUCGCUUAAUUUUUAAUUCUCCAUCUGUACUUCAAGAGUCCAUGGGUCAUCACAGUCUAGUGAUGAGAUUCCCAAGCAUCUCACCAGAACUGUGUAAAUGAAGAGCUAGUACAACAGUAUAGUAUUUCAGUCUUAGACAAAACUCCAAGUUUCCCUCUGCAUCCUUUGCUCUGUUGGCUAAGAUACAAUCAUUCUGUAUUAGAACUUAGUGCCUUUAGAUAAAUCCUCUGUAGUCAGUUGCUUGCUAAUAAAUAAAGGGAAAAAUAUGUCUUCCACCUUCAAAUGAGUUCCAAGUCACAUAAGCAGCUUACAAAAAAAGGCUUCUACUUCCUGAGGCUCUGGGAAACAGCACAAGAACUCUGCCAGGGCAGAUUCUUUUGGAUACAUGAUGAGAUACACAAAUAUAAAGUUCAGACUGCUGUUCUCAGUCAUGAAUCACACUGGGGCCUCUCCUCUGGCAACAAAAGAAUGAAAAUGAGGUCUCUGCUGGACUUACAGAGAAGUUCUGUUAAGUACAGUUGUGCACAGAUCUGGCUUGCUGUGAAACUGAUCCCUACUGUAAAGUGGAAAUUCUAUCACAGUCAUUUUAGAGCAACUCACUGAAGAAACUCAGCACUGGAGUCCUACACCUACAGGUUGUGGCAGCAGUUUUCACCUCUAUUUUAUUUUGAACAUUAACCACUUAAGCUGGUAAUUAAGUGUUUGACAUUAAGAGAAUUCACAUCACAAAGCUGCUUUAUUACUUCACCCCUGAAGUUAUGUCUCCUUAGCUUAACUUCUCUCAUCUAAUUCCAUACCUAUCUGUGUGCCCCGAAACAUCCUCCUGCUUCCCAUUGUACUCAGGAACAGGAGUGAUUCAGUUAUUUAUGUGCAACUGAUGCUCAAGAUAAAACAACAUGAGUGGGAUACAUACAUACCUGUUCCUCUAGCCUGGUGUUUUCUAGGAGAGAGGAUGCUCUUUCUGCUAGACCUGUCUAAUACUGUGUAGGCAGUGCAAUACCUUAUUAAAAGUAGUUCUGUGAGCUUUUUAAUAAAAAAGUUCAUCUUAUAUUAAGAUUUAAAUUCAGUAUUUUUUUCUCCAAUUCCUGUGGCUAUGUGAAAACAUUCGGACGAAAUGCUUACCUUGACUUAAGAGGAGUUGAGUGAUCUGAAGUGAUUAGUGGAGAUGUGCAGUUCUAAAUCAAGUUUCUUACGUUGUGUGUUGUUUUAACUUGUAUUUGGUGCCUUAACUCUGCACAAUCUAAUGUUAUCUAUACCGUACCACAGGUAGUUUAGCGGGUAAGUGUAUUUUAAGAGAAGUCAUCAAGCUAGGCUACAGAAACCAUAGCAAGGACAAGCCUUCUCAGUGUGAGUUCUCCUGCAUGUUUAGUUAAUAAUCCACUGAUAAACAAAACCUGAAGAAUAUAUUAAAUUACAAAUUGAGACUUCAAAGGUUUGUGGCAAUGAGAUAAAGGUACAAUCUCUUCUAUGCUGUGUAAGUAAACAUCAAAAUGGCCAGAAGUGUUUGUGAAAACCUAUGGACUCUUAUCUUUACUAGAACAAAUUGCACUAGAAGAUAUUAACUGAAUGUAGUUUAGAAGGGUAUUAAUGGAAUGUAGUCAAUUAUCCUUUAUCCACUGGUACAGGGGGCUUGGAAUGAGUCAGAUUUGCAGUUAAUGUUUAAGUCCAAAAUAGCAUAUGGACUUAAGCCCCAUUCCUGCCUCUUACCUGAAUCUAGAAGCUCCAGGUGCCUUAUGCUGCUUUGCAGUUUGCAAGGUGUAGCACAGCUUCUACUUGAACACGUUUGCUUGCUGAAUGCACCUGGUCCUGGUAGAAUGGACUGAGGCAAAAGAGAGAGAGAGAAGAAAGCAAUGAAGGUAGAGUGCUCUUCUCCAGUCUUAGGUUAAGCAGACAAGGAAGAUGCAGGGAAAGUUGCACUGCCUUUUCCAAGGCCAUAAAUACAGUCUCUGGAAAAAAUAGGUUUGUCUAUUGUGGUAAAUCAGGAGCCUUAUUACACUAAGAGCAAUGAGAAAGUGGUAUUGUUUUUUCCAUAGCUUGUAAGAAAUUAGGUAAGAGAUUUAAGUUACCCAUAUUACAAGCUAAAAAUCUGCUGGAGCAGAUUAUACUUUUUUCCUGCUUCAAUAAACAGGUACAGUUUGGAAAGAGGAGGAACAGGAGCAAUCCAAUGAAUCACAGAGCAGUUUGAGUUGGAAGGGACCUUAAAUAUCUAAUUCCAACCCCUUGCCAUGGGCAGGGACACCUCCCACUAGACCAGGAUACUACAAAUCCCCUUCUUUAUAUCUAAUCUAAAGCUACCCUCUUGUAGUUUAAAAUUGUAUUUGCUGAUGCAGCGCUGUCCACAACAGGGAGACUCCUCCAUGCAGUAUAUAAAGCAUGCAACUGAAUUUUGGCAGGGAAAGGAGUGCUAGUAGUUUUCCCUAAAGGAAUACUAGAAACUUAUUGAUACAAUGACCACAGUAUUCUAGACAACCUGCUUUUGAAAAGAACAGCACAGUAACAAGGGAAAGCUGAUACUGCUCCCACAGCUACAUGUUGUAAUGUACAUACUGCAGGUCACUAAUACUGGCAUAACCAGUUAUGACAAGAUCGGUUCAUCUUACCAGAAAAGCUUAUUUUGACAUUCUCUCUGCUUCUAUUUUUUAAGCUAAAAGGGAAUUAAUUAUAGCAUAGAUGUUUAAGGCAGUAGAGCAGAAGGUAAGUUUCAGCUUUGUGCUUCAAAGCUGCUGCGAAUAAGUUGAUUAACAGCGUUCCAUGGAAACAACCUGACGUACUUACUUAUUUUCUUUGUGCUCAUUUCUAUAUUCUUAGAAAAGCACAAGCUUCUAUAAGCAUAAUCAACACAAAGUUACUCAGGGUACUGUGUCAUCUCAGCAGUGGACACCAACUUGCAUCUUCAGUCAACAGGCACAUAUAAAUCAAGCUUAAUUAAGAGGAACAGAACAUCUUGACAGAUUUGCUUUACUACUGGCACUAUUACAAUUUAAUGAUCUAUGCAUAUGGAAAUGUGUGUAUUCCUGCACUCCCAGUAUGAGUUAUAGUUCUGCAAGAUCAUCCUGUAACAAAGUAAAACGUGUUGAGUGUAGAAACAAGUAUUGUUCCUUCAUUAUUCCCACAAAGGGCUGUUUCUAAGCAGUUGCAAAGUGAUACUACUCAAAGCAGAAUAGCUGUGUGCUGAAGAACAGUAGUCAGCUUUUGGAAAUUUAGCAGUGAUAAAAAUUUAAUAAUGAAACAACUGUACCAUACAGAUUAUUUUCCUGGGUUUUCAAACUAGUAUCCCUGCUUCCCUGCUCAAAGUAACAGGAUAAAGACGGGUAGUUUUCCAAUAACACGUAUUGCAUGGAAAUGUACUGGACGAAAAUGGAGGCUGUACUGCUGAGAGCAUAUUCUACUAUACAGAGCCAUUCUCUGGGCAAUGCUGCAUAAUUUAAGAGUGGGUAAAUAUGCCUUCAGGGACAACACAACACCAAACAGAUGUUUGUUUUUUUUAAAAAAAAAACUAUACAAAAAACCCAAAAAAUAAAAAACAAAAACUAGAAAAAACCCUUGAAGCUUUGUCCAGUCAUACACCUAUUCUUCCCUGAAAAAAAGAGACAGGUACAUCCAGAUGUGCUUAGUGAGCUACAAACCAGGUAACACAAAGGUCCUUAAGGAUGAGUGUUUUACAGAUAGUCUCCUUUUGGCCGGAAAAGAAAGGAAGCUGACGCCGUCUUCCAGUUCCAAAGCGCAGUGUCUUAUUUCUGAUCCUAACCCUAGAGCAGUAUUGAUUGAUCAAACUGACUAAGCUUUUUAGGUCAAUGAGCUCUCUGCAAAGCAAUUCUGUUCUCCUCUCGAGCCUCUGCAGGGGCCAACAACUGGUGCUUAACUACUGCUUCCACUGCAGAAUGUCACCUGUCCUCCAGCUGGCCCAGUCCUUCUGGGACACUUGCACUUCUCAGAGCGGCGCUGCUGUGGGGGCACCCAUCACAAGUGCUGCAGUAACACAGCAGCGCAACCCCCGGUGGGCUGUAUGCUUUCUCACGUCCCACCCAGGUCUUAGUGACAAAGCUGAGCAUGAAACCUGUACCGCCAAAACUCCUGCCCUUUAAUGAGGACAUCUAUGGGAAGGAGAUGUGAAACUGGCGACUUUGAGCAAAGGUUGGUGUCUUCCAAGUCCAACUCAUCUUACAAGCCUUUUUUUCCAAAUGGCUGCGCUUCCAUCCACCGUUCACCGUCAGUCUAAUCAGUUCAAACAAUUACUGCUAAUUUGGGCUAAAAUAUCCCCCUUGUGUAACCCAAACUACCACCAUCAAUCCAUCUGAAAAUUGUUUUUAAACAAAGGAUCAGCUGGAGGCAGAUCACUGCUAAAAGUGUGCAUACUGCAAGGCAGACAGGAGAUCUGGCAAUGCAGUGCAAUGCUCCUUUCUGAUGACAAUUACUCCUACAAGACAAGAAAAAGACUGAGGCAGUGCUUUGGGCAGUGUUUCAUGCUCAGCAAGUUUGCAGAGGGAAGGAAUGCAAUUCUAUAAAUCACUUGUACUGUAUUUCUGUUUCUAGACUUGAAUGAAUUUCACUUUUCCUUUGUGGGUCAGCAUAGUAAACAUUAAAGAAAAGGACUAUUUUUAUAAAUCUCUUUCACCAAUAGAGAGGUCUGACCUGCAGCCACCAGAUGGACUUAAUUAUCCAUAGAGAACAGAGUGUUUAUUUUUACACUAAGAUUACAUAUGAUAUUGAAUAAUACAAAAUAUGGCCUUUGAACUAUCUAAACCUUAAAUCCUAUCCCCAAAUUCCAUAAAGAAGUAAUACGGUGGACAAUUCCAUCUUUCUUCCUAGUAAGUCUCCCUCUAAAAGAAGUUACUCAGAAAUAAAUUUCCAAAUGAAGUACAAGAGAUCCUUGUGGUCUAAUUACAGAAUACUUUACAAAUCAGGAGGCAUCUUACGUAUUUUUAAUAAAGUGAGCUGUGUGUACUCACUAGCUAAAAAAGCCUGCAAAUGUAAAGUAAAUGGAAUGCUCUUUGGACAUGAAGUUGCUUCCUCAUGUGAUGCUGUACCCAGUACACUUGGCUUCAUUUGGCUUCUGUGUUGUGGUUUAUAUGCCAGCCACUGUUCUGAACUGUACACAACACCGAUAUUUGCACUGUAAUCUUGAUUCAUUUGCCACUGAUUGUAACCCAAUGCUACGGACUUCUCUGUAUAUAAAACCAUAGCCAUGUCCCAUUUGCUUCCAAUAGCACACAAUAAAGGCUUCUCUCUGUAAACGGGAA